AUGUCUUCCACGGAGAAGGAGGUCCCCAAGGGCACUCACGUCGAGGGCACCGAGGACCAUGCCAUCAGUGCUGCUCCUGUACAUGACAGUAUUCAUAACGCAGCUGGAAGGGGCCAGCUUGCCACCGACAAAUAUGGACAUUCUCUCGUCGAAUUCGACCCCGUAGCAGUACGAAAGCUGCGAUGGAAACUCGACUUGCACACCAUUCCUACCGUCGCACUGUUGUAUCUCUUUUGCUUCAUCGAUCGUGCCAACAUUGGUAACGCAAGAAUCGCCGGCCUUGACAAGGACCUCGAACUCAAAGGCUACGACUACAACAUGAUCCUCUCCGUCUUCUACAUCUCCUACAUUCUCUUCGAGAUCCCAGCCACGAUCGCCUGCAAAGCAAUGGGCCCCGGCUGGUUCCUCCCCAUCACAACCCUCCUCUUUGGCAUCGUCUCCAUCUGCACCGCCUUCGUCCAGGACCGUGCCGCCAUCUGCGGCGUCCGGUUCCUCCUCGGCAUCUUCGAGGCCGGCAUGCUUCCCGGCAUCGCAUACUACCUCUCCAGAUGGUACCAGCGCGCCGAGCUGACCUUCCGCCUGUCGCUCUACAUGGUGAUGGCACCCCUCGCCGGUGCCUUCGGCGGCCUCCUCGCCUCCGCGAUCCUCACUCUCGACUCCUUUGGCAGUCUGCACCGCUGGCGCAUGAUCUUCGCCAUCGAGGGCAUCGUCACCGUCGUCCUGGCCAUCAUCUCCUUCUGGACCCUCACCGACAGGCCUGAGACGGCAAAGUGGUUGACGCAGGAGGAGAAGGACCUCUGCGUCGCCCGCGUCAAGUCGGAGCGUGUCGGUGCCACGGAGGUGAUUGACAAGAUUGACAAGACAAAGCUCAAGCGCGGCAUGCUCAACCCCGUCACCCUCGAGAUCGCCAUCAUCUUCUUCUUCAACAACAUCACCGUGCAGGGCCUCGCCUUCUUCCUCCCCACCAUCGUCAGCAACAUCUACCCUACCUUCUCGACGGUACAGAAGCAGCUGUACAGCGUGCCGCCCUACGUUGUUGGCGCGUUCUUCACGGUGGCAUUCCCUGGUUUGAGUUGGUACCUCGAUAGAAGGCAAGUUCUCAUCGCCAUGAGCGCGCCGAUGGUCAUGGCGGGCUACAUCAUGUUCCUCGCUUCGGCCAUGGUCAUGGGCCCCAUGUCCAACGCCCACAUCAGCGCCAACGUCGUCAGUGAUACGGCGCGAAGCAGUGCCAUUGGUCUCAACGUCAUGUUCGGCAACAUCGGCGGUCUCGUAUCGACAUGGUCCUACCUCUCCUGGGACGCGCCCGACUUCCACAUCGGCAACGGUCUCAACCUCGGCGCGGCGAGCAUGAUUUUGAUCGUGGCGACAUCGGCGUGGUUCUGGAUGAAGUGGGAUAACAAGCGCCGCGACGAUCGUAGCAUCGAGGAGGAGCUUGCUGGGUAUACGGAGCAGGAGGUUCGGGAUUUGGAUUGGAAGCACCCUGCUUUCCGGUGGAGGACCUAG